AUGUUUAUUUAUUUUGUUAGUUGAAUAGUUUGUUAAAAAAAUAACUGUUUUUUUGGUCAAUUUUUAACCUUUCAAACUAGUGAAAAUUUCACUAAAAAUUCAACUUUGAAGUAUGGAGUUUUCACAUCCACCCCCUGACAUAACAAAACUUCAAUUCAACAAUCUAAAUAAUGGAAUACAGCCUGUCGUACAAUGUUCUCAUCAAUUUAAUACGAAUUUUACUAACCAGCAAUUCAAUGCAAACACAGAAUCAAACGCAAUCCGGUAUAGAAGUGGACUAAGAGCUCCCUUCUUCAGAAAUUUUAAUGCUUUUCACCGAGGAGGUCAUCAUCCACACGGUAUUAUGACUCAAGAUGAUUUCGAUGGAAAGCGACUUCGAAAAAGUGUCAUGCGAAAAACUGUUGACUACAAUGCAUCCAUUAUAAAAGCAAUUGAAAAUAGAGUCUGGCAAAGAGACGAUAGAGAUAGGCGGGCAUUACAACCGGAAAGUAUAUAUGCUCCCCAUUUAAUGCCACCGAGCAGUUAUUUAGAAAACUCUAGCAAUGCGGUAACAACUCGAUUUGUGAAAACAGCUACAAAUAAGAUGAGAUGUCCCAUUUUCACACUAGCUUGGACACCUGAGGGACGACGUUUAGUAACUGGAGCAAGUUCGGGGGAAUUCACUCUUUGGAAUGGCUUAACAUUUAAUUUUGAAACUAUAUUACAGGCUCAUGAUGUCCCUGUACGGACAAUGGUAUGGUCACAUAACGAUCAGUGGAUGGUAACUGGAGACCAUAAUGGAUACGUCAAAUAUUGGCAGUCAAAUAUGAAUAAUGUGAAAAUGUAUCAAGCACACAAAGAGCCGAUAAGAGGCAUAAGUUUCAGUCCAUCUGAUUCCAAAUUUGUGACAUGCAGUGAUGAUGGAACUGUGCGUGUAUGGGAUUUUUUACGUUGCUCAGAGGAAAAAGUUCUAAGAGGGCAUGGCGCUGAUGUAAAAUGUGUUCAUUGGCAUCCUCAUAAAGCACUUGUUGUGUCUGGAAGCAAAGAUAAUCAACAACCAAUAAAAUUAUGGGAUCCAAAAAGCGGUCAAGCAUUAGCAACGCUACACGCACAUAAAUCAACUGUAAUGGAUUUGAAAUGGAACGAUAAUGGAAAUUGGUUAAUAACUGCUUCUCGUGAUCAUUUACUCAAAUUAUUUGACUUACGAAAUCUAAAUGAGGAGGUUCAAGUUUUUAGAGGUCAUAAAAAAGAAGCUAGCGCAGUUGCCUGGCACCCUGUACAUGAAGGUCUAUUUGCAAGCGGCGGUUCCGAUGGAUCUAUUCUAUUUUGGAAUGUUGGAACUGAUAAGGAGGUGGGAAAUAUUGAGCUAGCUCACGAUUCGAUUGUUUGGUGUUUAGACUGGCAUCCCCUUGGUCACAUUUUAUGCUCUGGAUCCAAUGAUCAUACCAUUAAAUUUUGGACGCGUAAUCGUCCAGGAGACCAAAUGAGAGACAAAUAUAAUUUAAACACUUUACCAGCAAGCCUCCAAGGGAUGGAUGAGAACGAUUACGAUGACAACAUUAUCAUACCGGCUUUAGGAAUAGAUGACAAGAUAGAAAUAACAGACAGCUUAGCAAUUGAUCGUGGCGUAAUUCCUGGUUUAGAUUUAGAUACAUCUCACAUAAUAGACAGACCUAUUUUUAAGGAGAAAAAACCCUAUAGCAAACCUAUUCCGAAAAAUUUUCAAGCACAAUGGAAUGAUGUGAGGAUGGAAGAAGACUCGAUUUCAAUAGAGUUGCGUGAUAUUUUAAAUCAUUUGAUGGAUCCAAGCUCAGUACUAUUAAGAAAAAUAGCACCAAACGCUAUUCUUUUAGAGGGAAAAAUUUUAGAACUAAAAGUUGGUUCGAAACUUGACCUGGCUGUGCAAGAAGGACAAGAAGCGUUUAAUAAAAUUUUGACAAAUGCACCAUUUGAUGAUUUGCGUGAUGGAAUCACAAUGAUAGAAGAUGAUGUACCUUAUUCUUCACGGAAUGUUUCUCAACAAUCAAAUAAAAAAACACGAUUUGCCGAAGAAGCAAAGACCAACUGUGAGCCUAAUAGUAGUAAUAUCCCGUCACUGCUUCAAUUAAACGUAAACGCACCACCUGAUAUCGAAAUCAAUUUAGAUGAUUUAAAAUCCGAUGACGAUGAAGAUCCUCGAGCGAAUGGUGAUAAUCGAUCACGCAAGCGAGGACGAGAAGAUCGUGCCGAAAAUGUAAGAGAUCGAUCAGACGGACGCCCAACACGAUGGAAUAGGUUUUAACCUCCUUACAUCUAAUAAAUUUUUUUUACAAUACGGAAAAGAAUAUUUUCAUUUUUGUUUUAUUACUUGAAAACACAAUAUUGUAUUUACAUAUAUCA